UUCUCCCCCUUCCCUCCCACAACAAAAUCAGAUCCUUUACAGUCACACCCAAUCCACACGCUCUCUCAAAUUCUGUUAUUUCCUCCUGCAAUUCUGUUACUCUUCACGCGCCUUGUCUCAACCGUUUUAAUUACACGCGCUCCACCACACUCUAAAACCCUCCUUAAACCCACGCGCGUCACUCCACGCGCCUUCUUUCAUAUUUUCUCUCUCCUCCCAAACUCUCUUCUCUUUGUCCAGAAACCUCCCCCCAAAAUUUUGAUUCUCUUUCUCUCUCUAAAAUCCUAAUCAUUUCUAAUUCUUUUCCACAACACCACUAAUGUCUGCUAUAUUAAUUCCAUCACUCAAUUUUUUUUACCUCAGAAUCUCACUUUUUAGGAGAGAGAAGAAAACAACAAAAACAACCCCAUGUGUGUUUGUAUAAUUUCUUAACAAAAUUUGAUUUGGGGUUUUUUUUCUGUUAUGGGUUUUUAAUUUUGGUUCAGAAAUGAGCUAAAUUUUUUGGUAUUAAUAGAGAGAGAGAAAAAACCCAACAAACACUUUCAUCUCUGAUUUUUUUACUCUUCUUUCUCUCUCUUUUUCUGGUAAAAUUUUUGUGUUAUCAAGUUUUACAGAGAAGAUGGAGAUUGAAGUGGGUUGUUUUUACAAACUUGAUCAUUCUAAGUUACCUUCUUCAACUGAAUUUCCAGCUUCAUUGAGCUCAAUUAAAGCUGUUCUGGUUGAUAAUAAAAGUGAUGAAGAUGUAACAGUGGUUUUUCCAAGUAAUGAUUCUGUUAAAAGUUUUUUUAGGAGUGCGAAAGAAAAUGGAUUAGUUCAGCCUAAAUUGGAUGAGAAAUUUGUCAUGGGUUUGAAUGUGGGUAAAAAAUUACUCACCCAGAAAAUUUCAUUUGAUGAUUUUACUGCUCAAAGAGGAAAUAUAAAUUUCUGGGUUGUUCUUGAUGAUGAUGAUGAUGUUCAUGAUGGUGUUGAUGAUGAUGAUGAAGAUUAUCAUCAUAUGUCUAAUGGAGGGUUGGAAAUCACAUGGGAAAAGCGUCGAAGAACGACAUUACAUGGAAAACAAAGAACAUAUCGUCGCAAAAAGAUAAACAUAUUGAAAUGCAUGGUGAAAGGUGAAGCAUCAAUGGCGGAAGAUGAUGAUGAUGUUGGAGAAGACAAAGAAAUUCCAGAAAAGACUAGAACACUUAGGAAACGAAAAUGUCAAUUUAAAGGGGUGAAAUAUGGUGAAAUCAAGAAGAAGAAAAAACAGAUUAAAGAAAUUCCUGAGAAAAAGUUUAAAGAUCUUCAACAUAGAUGGACUCUUGAGAGGUAUAAGCUGGCAGAAAAGAAUAUGCUAAAGAUUUUGAAGGAAAAAGGAGCAGGACCCGGGAACCCGAUUUUACGACCCGAUUUGAGGAGCGAGGCACGAAAAAUGAUCGGUGAUACGGGUCUUUUGGACCAUUUGCUUAAGCAUAUGGCAGGGAAGUUAGCUCCUGGUGGUAAGGAGAGGUUUCGCCGUCGACAUAACCCGGAAGGUGCAAUGGAGUAUUGGCUAGAGAAUGCUGAUUUGAUUGAGAUCCGGAAGCAAGCGGGUGUUGAAGACCCGUAUUGGGUACCGCCACCGGGUUGGCAACCCGGGGAUUGCCCGAACCAAGACCCGGUUUGUGGUAUGCAACUUAAGGAGCUUAAGGAUCAAGUUGCUCACAUGAGGAGAGAAUUGGAAAUGCUCCUAUGCAAGGAGAAAGAAAACAAUCUGAAGAAAUUAAAUGUUGCUCCUAUAAGUAUACAAGGAUCAUUAAACCCACUCAAGGCAUUACAUGAUGAACUAAUGAAGAAAAAAUCCCUUAUUGAGAAACAACUGUUGGAUAUCUCCAAGUCCUAUUUUGGAAUGGAGGUUGAGAUAGGGAGGAUAAAGGAAUCAUUUGCUGAACAAAAGGAGGGUAAAGAUGAUGAAUUUGCACAAGAAGACAAUACCAAAAGAACAGUUGCAAUUAAUGAACCUGAAAUUUCACAAGACAAAGAAGAUCAGCAACACAAAAAAUUAUCAGUAGCAGAAAACAGGAGACAAAAACUGAAGAGUGGAUUCAGAAUCUGCAAACCUCAGGGAACUUUUCUUUGGCCUUCUCAAAUGGAUUCCACUUCUUCUACUUGUUCUAAACUUGUGUUACAUUUUGAUGAUCUUAUAGGCUACCCUACACCACCUUCUGUUUGUUCCUCCUCUUGUAAGCCACCUUCCUUUAUGUCUCUACCACCACCACCACCACCACCUCCAUGUUGUCAUCAGCCGUCGUCGCCUCGGGUGAAAAAACCCGUUGCAACAAGGGCUGCUCUUACACUUAACUUCUCCAUUGCCACUAUUAGAGGAUCAACCACUAUUGACAGUAUUUCUAGCCCUACUACUACUACUGUUUCUGGGUGUAGUAGUACUAUUCAUCACACUUUUGUUCCUGAUCUUAAUGAAGUUCCCAUGUCUUCCUUAACUUGAUCAAUGAAUAGCCCUUUUAAUCUAGGUUCAUAAUACCUUAGUUACUUGGUUGGUAUAUAGAUGAAAAAGAUAUUCCAAAGUUUAGGUUAAGAAAUCACUAUAUAGUAUACAUUAAUAAAGUUUACACUUUUGGUUAAAGUUUGGUGUUUCAAGAUUUAGUUUUGUCAGAAGAUGGAGUUGUAAUAGAUCAUGCAAUUAAACACUAUAUAUAUAUAGUGUAAGAAAAUUCAUUUUAUGGUUCACAUGAAUGGA